CGUCUCUCCUACCCGCGCCCUUGACAUCAACCACCAUGGCCACCCCCAGCCAGCCCAUGCCUCUGCCUGUCCGCACAAACACAACAGACUCGCAACAGUCGCGCUCUUCAGCCGGCCAAUUCUCGCUGCCAGGCUCUCCAUCCUGCCACAGCAAUCGCACCGAAGAGUCUUUCUUCGGUGCCCUCUCAGCCCGUCUUCGCGGCCGCUCUCACAGCCGCUCCCGCGACGCCACAUUACACAACCGCACAAAGUCGCCAAUGCCCAUGCCACCAGUCCACUCCCAACAUUCCACCAGCACAUCACGGCCGUCACCCACGCCAGUACAGAAUGCCAGAUUGAGCACCCAGAGCACAACCAGGAGAAACACCAGCGGAAGCGACCCGUGGAGGGGACGCCACUCCAACGAUUGGCUCUUCAACGGCUACUCGGUCACGGCCUCGGCCAAGGAGUUUCUCCAACGGCGCAAGUAAAACGACAAGAUCUGGCCAGGCAACAGUACCACGGGAAUGGGAAUGCACUUGUUGACAAGCUGCAAGUGUCUGGCUGCCUGCCAAGAAUGACGACGAAUGUAACCAAUCAUGGAUUAAUGCGGGGGACACCAAGGCCGCUUGAGCUGGCUUCGCCACGGCAUACUAUCUUGUCUUUCUUUUGCUGUAUCUGCAUGUUGUAUAUUAGCUUUGACGUAGUAAAAUUUAACUUGAU